AUGGCCGUCAAGAUCCCCCAGGGUAGCUACCUGCUCGUCCAGGCCGGCAAGCAGCUCGAGUACAUCACGGGCGGGCUCGUCAAGGCCGGCUUCCACGAAGUCGUCAUCAACGAGGCCACCGUGGCCGCCAUGAAGCGCCGCACUGAGGAACACCCCGACCGUCCCCUCAUCCGCAUCUCCUCAACCAUGUUCUACCAUCUCUCGUCCGACUACGACCUCGCGCCCUUGCCGGCGCUCGCCGAGAAGGCGAAGCAGGUUCGCGCGCAGCAGUUCAACCUCGGCAAGGACGAGGGCGCCGAAGUCGAGUACCCGCCUACAAAGGUCGGUUUCCAGGUGCAGGGUGAGCUGAAGCACAUUGCCCUGAUGGCGUGA